AUGGCCACCGCCGCGCUGUCCCUCCGACCACUCCCCCACCGAACUCCUCCCGCCGCACCCUCAGUAUCGCCUCCCAACUCCGCCUCGGCAUCCCUGAAGCGGCUCUGCAAGGAAGGCGACCUGCGUCAAGCCUUGCGCCUGCUCACGGCCCGGGCGCCGCCUGCUCGGGAGCACUACGGCUGGGUGCUGGACCUCGUGGCCGCCAGGAGAGCGGACGCGGAGGGCAGGCAGAUCCAUGCGCACGCCCUGGCCACCGGUUCACUGGACGAAGACGAUGAUGGCUUCCUUGCGACCAAGCUUGUGUUCAUGUACGGCCGGUGCGGGCGAGUGGACGACGCGCGCCGCCUGUUCAACGGAAUGCCCGCGCGGACCGUCUUCUCCUGGAACGCGCUUGUCGGGGCGUACCUCUCGUCCGGGAGCGCCGGCGAGGCCAUGCGGGUCUACGGUGCCAUGCGGGCGUCAGCGGCCCCGGGGUCGGCGCCCGACGGCUGCACGCUCGCGUCCGUCCUCAAGGCGUGCGGGGCGGAAGGGGACGGGCGCUGCGGGGGCGAGGUGCACGGGCUGGCGGUGAAGGUCGGACUUGAUAGGAGCACCCUCGUGGCCAAUGCGCUUAUCGGGAUGUAUGCCAAGUGCGGCUUGCUGGAUUCAGCGCUGCGGGUGUUCGAGUGGCUGCAAGACGCAAGGGACGUCGCGUCCUGGAACUCGGUUAUAUCAGGAUGCGUGCAGAACGGGAGGGCGUUGGAAGCUCUGGCGCUGUUCCGAGGGAUGCAGAGUGCCGGGUUCGGUAUGAAUUCUUACACAGCUGUCGCGGUGCUCCAAGUUUGUGCAGAGCUAGCUCUGCUAAGUUUGGGAAGGGAGUUACAUGCAGCACUCCUCAAAUGCGGCAGUGAGUUGAACAUCCAGUUCAACGCUUUGCUUGUCAUGUAUGCCAAAUGUGGCAGGGUGGGUAGUGCUCUCAGAGUAUUCGGUCAGAUUGCUGAGAAAGACUACAUAUCAUGGAAUUCGAUGCUGUCCUGCUACGUCCAAAACGGUUUCUGUGCGGAGGCCAUUGAAUUUUUUGGUGAAAUGCUUCAACAUGGUUUUCAGCCUGAUCAUGCCUGUGUUGUGAGCUUGUCCUCUGCAUUGGGACAUUUGAGUAGGCUAAACAAUGGUCGAGAGGUUCAUGCGUAUGCUAUAAAGCAGAGGCUUCAUACUGAUUUACAGGUUGGGAAUACAUUGAUGGACAUGUACAUAAAGUGUGACUCCAUAGAGUGUUCAGCGAAGGUAUUUGAAAGCAUGAGUAUUGGAGAUCACAUAUCAUGGACAACAAUCCUUGCUUGUUUUGCUCAGAGUUCACGACAUUCUGAAGCACUGGAAAUGUUUCUAGAAUUGCAGAAAGAAGGGAUUAUGGUGGAUUCUAUGAUGAUUGGAAGUAUUUUAGAAACAUGCAGCUGUUUGAAAAGCACCUCUCUGCUAAAGCAAGUGCAUGCUUAUGCUAUUAGAAAUGGGUUGCUUGAUUUGAUACUGAAGAAUAGACUGAUAGAUAUAUACGGGGAGUGUGGAGAGUUUGACCAUUCACUAAAUUUAUUUCAGAGGGUAGAGAAAAAGGACAUUGUUAGUUGGACUAGUAUGAUAAACUGUUGCACAAAUAGCGGGCGAUUAGAUGAAGCUGUUUCCUUGUUUACGGAGAUGCAAAAGGCAAAUAUUCAACCUGAUUCUGUAGCACUAGUAAGUAUUCUGGUGGCUAUUGCUGGUUUGUCGUCGUUGACAAAAGGAAAACAGGUUCAUGGCUUUCUUAUCAGAAGGAAUUUUCCUAUAGAAGGUCCUGUGGUUAGUUCCCUUGUGGACAUGUAUUCAGGUUGUGGAAGCAUGAACUAUGCUAUCAGAGUAUUCGAACGGGCUAAAUGUAAAGAUGUGGUUCUUUGGACAGCAAUGAUUAAUGCUACUGGUAUGCAUGGACAUGGCAAGCAAGCCAUUGAUCUUUUCAAGAGAAUGCUGCAGACUGGUCUGACUCCUGAUCAUGUAUCUUUUCUUGCUCUGUUGUAUGCUUGUAGUCAUUCGAAGCUUGUUGAGGAGGGUAAACACUAUCUGGAUAUAAUGACGAGCAAGUACAGGUUAAAACCAUGGCAGGAGCACUAUGCCUGUGUGGUUGAUAUUCUUGGACGCUCAGGACAGACAGAGGAGGCUUACGAGUUCAUCAAGUCUAUGCCUAUGGACCCAAAAUCAGUUGUGUGGUGUGCACUGCUUGGCGCAUGUCGAGUCCACAAGAACUAUGACCUUGCUGUGGUUGCAGCCAAUAAGCUUCUUGAGCUGGAACCUGACAACCCAGGCAACUACAUUCUUGUAUCAAAUGUUUUUGCUGAGAUGGGCAAGUGGGACAAUGUCAAGGAAGUUAGAACCAGGAUGGCAGAACGGGGGUUAAGAAAAAAUCCAGCUUGCAGUUGGAUUGAGAUAGGGAACAAUAUCCACACUUUCACCUCAGGAGAUUAUUGUCAUAGAGAUUCGGAGGCAAUCCAUCUCAAGCUUUCUGAGAUAACAGAAAAGCUGCAGAAAGAAGGUGGGUACGUGGAGGACACAAGAUUUGUUCUUCAUGAUGUGAGCGAGGCGGAGAAGAUAGAUAUGCUGCAUAAGCACAGCGAGAGGCUCGCAAUAGCAUUUGGCUUGAUCAGCACUCGUCCAGGCAUGCCUAUAAGGAUAGCCAAGAACCUCAGGGUCUGCGGUGACUGCCACGAGUUCACCAAGCUGGUUUCCAAGCUGUUUGAAAGGGAGAUUGUGGUCCGAGAUGCCAACAGAUUCCAUCAUUUCAGUGGAGGCUCUUGUUCUUGUGAAGACUUCUGGUGA